CCGGCAGCAGCAAGUAGCUCGAAAUUUGGAGUGGCAGCCGCGGGUCUUCUGGGCGGGUCCUUGGGCUAGGAGCGAGCUGCCCCAGGGCUACCAUGAUUGAGUUGGUAGCAGAGCUGAGCCGAGGCCCUGUGUUUUUGGCUGGGGAGGCACUGGAGUGUGUGGUGACUGUCACAAACCCCCUAUCUCCCACGGCCACCUCUGCAUCCAGUGAAGCAUUGGCCUGGGCCAGUGCCCAGAUACAUUGCCAGUUCCAUGCCAGUGAGAGCCGUGUGGCACUGCCUCCCCCAGACUCCAGCCAACCAGAUGUUCAGCCUGACAGCCAGACUGUGUUCUUGCCACACCGAGGUGAGCGGGGUCAGUGUAUCUUAUCUACUCCUCCAAAGAUUCUGUUCUGUGACUUGAGGCUAGACCCUGGAGAGUCCAAGUCCUAUUCCUACAGUGAGGUGCUUCCUGUGGAAGGGCCCCCAUCUUUUCGGGGUCAAUCUGUCAAGUAUGUCUACAAGCUGACCAUUGGCUGCCAGCGGGUUAACUGCCCCAUCACUUUGCUUAGGGUCCCACUGAGGGUGCUUGUGUUGACUGGUUUCCAAGAUGCCCUUUUUCCCCAGGAUGAGGUUGUGGCUCCGUCUAGCCCAUUCCUGGAAGAAGAAGAAGUAGGUAGAAAGGACUCCCGUCUAGCAGAAUUAGCAGGAGAGUUCCUCAUGGCUGCCACAUCCCGACGCAGUUUGUAUCUGUACAAUAUCAGCGACGGUCGAGGGAAAGUUGGGACUUUUGGAAUCUUCAAGUCCGUGUACAGACUUGGGGAGGACGUAAUAGGGACCCUGAACCUGGGGGAGGGGACUGUGGCCUGUUUACAGUUCUCAGUGAGUCUACAGACAGAAGAGACUGUCCAGCCUGAGUAUCAGAGGCGCCGGGGGACAAGUGGUACUCCAUCUGUGUCCCAUGUGACUCAUGCCCGACACCAGGAAUCCUGUCUACAUACAACCAGAACUAGCUUCUCUCUUCCCAUUCCACUAAGCUCUACUCCAGGCUUCUGCACAGCCAUUGUGUCCUUGAAGUGGAGACUACAUUUUGAAUUUGUGACAUCUCGGGAACCUGGCUUGGCACUGCUACCCCCAAUGGAACAGCCUGAGCCUGUGGUCUGGACGGGACCUGAACAAGUGCCUGUGGACACCUUCAGCUGGGACCUCCCCAUCAAGGUGCUGCCCACGAGUCCUACGCUGGUUUCCUAUGUUGCUCCAGGACCCAGUGCCAGCACUGUCACCAUCUGAUUUGGGUUUUAGACCCCCACCAU